AUGCGACUGCAGGCGCUGCUGAGCGCUGACGGGUCGCAUGCGUUCUCCGAGGCCGUCUUCUUCUACACAGCCGCCGCCUGGCGGGACCACAACUGCAGCAGCAGCAGCAGCAGCAGCAGCAGCAGCAGCAGCGGCGGCGAGGACUCCGACGCCGACGCCGACGCCAGAGGCAGCGCGGCAGCUGCUGCACUCGCGGCGUGCGUGCGGGCCCCGCACCUGCCGCACCGCUACUUGUCGGGCGUCGCAGCGCAGGCGUGGUUCACAGCCCACGUGCCCGCAGCCGACCUGCAUCUGGCGGCCCUGUACGCGUCCACGACUGACGAUGAGUACAGACGGCUGCUGCAGCAGCUGCCGGGCUUCGCGCGGCACGCGGCGUGGCGGCUGCCGCGGCGGGCGCCGGACAGCCGGAGGUGGAUCGAAGGGACCGACGUGUUCUCUUUGGAGUGGAGGCUGGAUGUAUCUGAGAUCAAGAAGCUGUGCGAGGCGGCGCAGUGCAAGCCGGCCGGCGGCGUCGCGUCCACCACGUGGCACGAGACUGGGCACUUCGGCGGCUUCGCGUGGCGCCUGCGCCUGGCCGCCUCCAACGACCGCGGCGAAGAAGGCCCGCGGGGGCCCCCCGUUGUGACCUUCACGCUGCAGGCCCGAGCCGACCCGCCGCCGCUGACGCUGGUGGCGGCGCCGCCCGGCGGCGCCCGCGCGGCGGCAUCGGCGGCGCCGGCUGUGAUCACGCCGGCUCUCUCUUUCUCGCACUACGCCUUCCGGCGCGACUAUAUGCGCUUUGUGGCACUUGAGGACGAAAUGCCGGAGUUCUUUUCUGGCGAUCACGUUUUGCGUGCAGAUGAGCAUCAGGAGAGCUAUCGAGUCAACGGCCACGUCUUGACAGGCCAAUGGUGGCCGGAGGGGCGGCGCUGCGACAUUUUCUGGGACGCGUGGGGACCGGAGGGAAGCUGGGACGAGGAGGAGUGGUGGGAGACGCGGUUGUUUCGGGCGGACGGGGCGGUGCAGGUGAGAAUGGCGGUGUCCAGCCUGGGCUUGGACGCUGAUGCCGCGUUGCAAGAUGGAUUAAUGUGA